CCGAGCUCUAACUAUCUUCAACCGGGACGUUCCUCAAUUUAUAUUCACCAGGUUCUGGCGUUGCUUGCAGUCUAUUCGAUCCCCUUCACCGUAGAACGAAGGGGCGCAUGCCGAAAAAAAAAAUCCCUUCAUCAUUUUACUUCCAAUUGACGCUGGGUCAAUGCUUUGAUUGGUGACCAGCCAUCCUCUUCAUUACCCACAGCUCCCCGAAUUGCCCGCCAGCGGCUCGCCCGCAGCCCUGAUUCAGCCCGCAGUAUUGUCAAACCCGUCUUUAAAUCAAUACAAUAUGACAUCCUCGUCCCCCCUGCUCGUCCUUCCAGGCGACUCAAUCUCCUACCCACUGCAGCAGCCGAACCAGCCCGCCACAACAACGAAGCUCUCCUCAGGCCUCCGCGUCCUCGAAACUCCCGCCAACAAAACCAACACAACCUUAAUAACAGCAACCCAAGCAGGCCUCCUAACCACCGAUCCCAAACGCAACGCGUUAACCCUCCACACCUUCCCCCAACGCCGCUACAUCCCCUCCCCCAACGACCUCCUCAUCGCCCAAAUCCACCACUCCAGCGUCGAUUACUUCCACUGCACCAUAACCCCGCACACUCCACAUGCACUCCUGGGCCAACUAGCUUUCGAAGGCGCGACGCGCAAAACACGCCCGCUCCUUAAGCACGGCGACCUCGUCUAUGCGCGUGUUUUAUCGACUGGUGUCGGCAACACGGGCGGGGAGGUGGAGCUUACGUGUGUGAACCCGGCGACGAGGAAGGCGGAACCUGGCGGCCUGGGGCCGUUAGUGGGUGGGAUGUUGUUUGAUAUAUCUACGGGAUUGGCUGAGAGAUUAAUGAUGAGGGGCGGAAGUGAGGGGGGCAGUGGUGUUGUGGUUUUAGAGGAACUUGGGUCGAAGUUGGAGAGUCAGGGUGGAUUUGAGGUUGCUGUUGGGAGGAAUGGGAAGGUUUGGGUAGAUUGUUCAGCUGCGAGGAAGGGGGCUGGUGGGGAUGCUGAUUCGGCGAAGGCGGUUAAGAUUACGGUUGCGGUGGGGAGAUGCUUGAGGGAGACGGAUGAGAAGGGGUUGGGAGCUGCGGAGCAGAGGAAGUUAGUUGGGAGUGUGCUGAGGGAGAUGGGAUUGGGAAGUUAGGUUAUGAGAAGUUUAUCGUUUUUAUUCAAUGAUCUACCCCCUUGUAUAUUGAUGUCCUGUUGCCUUUGGGUUUUGGGUUUUAUAUCGGUUAUAUCGGAGUUGCUUUUUGUGUCGCAUAAAUAUUUACAUUAGAAUUUGAGCAUUGAUCUAAUACCCCUGAAAUUCUAGGGAAUUGAUACGAAUCGUACUCGUACCUCCCGUCGCAAUCAUGGUAGCAGCAGUAGUUCAAUCCCAUCGCCACAGUAUCGUAUGGAAAUACCAACUUCCAUCUCAUCAGGAAAGUAGAUACGUAGCCUUCGAUAGAACGAAGUCAAAAUACACGUCACGGUCAUCAACGAGCAAGAUUAUCUCGGCUUUGGCCCAAACAUCGCCACGGUUGCUUGCUCGGAAGAAGCAUAAUUCAGUCGCUGUUUAACCAAUUCACGAGCUAGGAACGGAGUUAGUAUAUUUAAAAGUCAAUUUUCCAAAAGAUAUACAAGAGAAGGCGUCAAGUUGGAGGAAUUACUGGGGAAAGAAAUCAAGAAAUAGAAAGACAUACUUGGAAUAUUCUUG